UUGUUCAAUUGCUUGUGAAGAAUGUGUUUCGUCCGGAUAUGUUCGCCGUUAUCGGGCCUUGCAAAUUGCUACGAAGCAGUACAUGUGACUUCUCUCAAUUUUGCCUUUCAGGCUUGAAGCGGUGUACAGAAUAUCCUUUUUUAAUCAUAGAGUAAAUUAUUUUGCUGGUAUUUCGGAUUUAAUACGUAAUUUAAUCAAUGAAUACUGUGAUUAUUGUGUGAAUAAUGUAGGUAUCGCUCACUAAGAGACGCUUUGUCUUACGACCUGUGAGAUGUAACGCAGGGCUGACUUUUCCCGUAUACACACACCGGAAGUGGCUGUAUUACGUUCCUGCGCUAAAGUCGCAUCGCGAGGCUGCUGUUGUGUUUAAAACACAUUUACUAGAGGCUUCUAACCCAUAUAAGUCUUUUAAAGGCCCUGACGCAAUGGCAUCUCACCUAUUGAAGAGCAUUGCUGCGUCCUUGACCCGCCGCGUGGCCCAAAUGAACUAUUUGCCGGCGGUCGCUUCUUUCCGAUGUCUGCACACCCUCAACGCGAGUCCCCGCCCGCUGACAUCAGCUCGAAGCAUCCAGCCAGUCGGUGGCGCCCAGUCCUUGCUGGCACAGUGUGGACGUCUACCCUGCGUCCAGCCGUCUCACGGGAUGAAAACCAAGUCUGCGCUGAAGAAGCGCUGCAAGGAUUGUUUCUUUGCACGACGGCGAGGACGCUUGUUUGUGUUCUGCAAGACCCAUCCCAGACACAAGCAAAGACAAGGCUGAAAUGUUGUGGCUAUCUGCAAUAAAUUGUUACGCUCGC